UGAUCGACAUUAUAUUUAUCUCGUUUGUACUCUCUAUCGCUAUGGAUUAUGUAUAUUAGAUUAUUUUACAAUAUGUGGUUUCUAAAUUGUUGGAAAAUCACGGAACGAUCAGCACCCUGAAGGUUAAAGGUUGAUAAUUUCCAGCGUGUCCUACGUCAAGCAGGCUUUAAUCUGAAGAGUGGUACAAUUGUUAUUACGCCCUUUAUGCAGAUGUGGAUCUCACGCGUAAUGCAUAAUAGUAUAAAUAUAAUAAGCAACUCAGAAACUUUCAUGAUGAUUGACCUUACUACCAAUUGCAAUUGAAAGAACAGUGAACAGAAUGGAUUUGUCAAGUAUUUUACAAGUACAUGUACUUAAAACUAGUUACGCUGUUGCUUCAUUGAAUUUUUAGUUGUGUCAGAUACACUCUCAGAUACAAUCAUAUAUAUUUUCUUCAACUAACAUUUAAUUUUUGCAAUUAUGUCUUCAAUUUUCAAUUUCUAUUUGUUAUCCUUAGAUUGUAAUGUCUUGCCUGCUGGUUUGUGUACAAGUUGGAUCGACCUGCUGUCAAACGAUACCUAUCCGGUCCGAAUACAGACGCGACAAGCACUGCAGUGGAGGAAAUCUUAUUCGGAUUGACACUGACCAAUGCAAAGUUUCUUCUGGGGUAAGGCGUCAGUGCAAAGCUAAAUGCAACGGCUCAUCUACAAAAGACCCAAAUGCGAGAUUCUCGUUUGUUAAAAUCAGAGGAAGAAAGUGUAUACAAUUCACUGACGACCGAGAUGGUACCAAUUAUGCACUGAAGGUGAUCAAUGGGACGAAUGUCGCGUUUGAGGUGCAGCGAUGCGACAAUACAACGGAAGACAGUUUCCUGUUUAAAGAAGAAAGAGUUAGCAAACUUUAUCAAUAUAAACACACAGAUAUUAACAGGACUUUGAAACUGGGCGUACCUAAAAACUGCGAUGAAAACUUAUCCCUUAUAAGUACAACCAAAAUAGAUAGACGAUGCUUAUUUAGAAAACUGAGAAGAAGAACUUCUAAGAAUGGUUAAACAAAUUGCCAGGUUUGUUGAAAGAAAAAACUUUUGAAGUGCUGAAUAGUUUGUUUAAAACUCAGUUAAUAUAAGCCAGUCUGUGUUCACCAAAUUGUUUCAAUCUUGUAUCGUACUCUCGUCACAGGCUUCACGCAUAGAUGAGUUUAGACUCUCAUUUUAUUGAUUAAUAAACAUAACUGAAUAGCCCGGUUACAUGUAGUUAUCACAUUUCCUAAUAAAGAAAGCCUUUAUUUUCGACUUAAUUGAAUCUGUAUCAUUAUUUCUUUAAUUCGCAUUCACAGGUGCAGAGAUGCGGCAAAACUGACAGAAGUUAAAUAAAAUUUAAGACUAAAUAUCUUCUCUCAUUUAAAAAGUAAA